AUGGCCCCGAUCUCCACAAUUACACGAUCGAUCCGUCGCUCUCGCUCCCAUCCAGCCGUAUCCUCUCCCUCACUACCCGCCGUCUCCAUCCACCCCGCCAUCUCCUCUCCCUUACCUCCCCGCCGUCGCCUCUCCCUUACCUCCCCGCCGUCGCCUCUCCCUCCUCCCCGCCGUCGCCUCUCCUCCUCCCCGCCGUCGCCUCUCCUCCUCCCCGCCGUCGCCUCUCCUCCUCCCCGCCGUCGCCUCUCCUCCUCCCUGCCGUCGCCUCUCCCUCCUCCCCGCCGUCGCCUCUCCUCCUCCCCGCCGUCGCCUCUCCUCCUCCCCGCCGUCGCCUCUCCCUCCCUCCCGCCGUCGCCUCUCCCUCCUCCCCGCCGUCGCCUCUCCUCCUCCCCGCCGUCGCCUCUCCCUCCUCCCUGCCGUCGCCUCUGGCGACAGGUGCACGAGCGCAAGCGCGAGUUGGUGCGCGAGGGCGGGUCGGUGCGCGAGCUCGGGUGGGUGCGCGAGCGCUGUUUGGUGCGCGUGCGCGGGUUGGUGCACCAGCGAGGGUUGUUUUUUGAGGCAUUGUAA